UUAUAAUGCAACGAUCCCGAGAGACUAUAAAUAAUAAAAUAUUGAUAUCACCAAUAUUGCAUAACAGUCGAUAUUUGAUAUUGGAUUGCAUAUCAGCCCUUCUUAAUAAUUAUAUUGUUGUCGUUGAAAAUUUUUUAUAAUACUGACUAGGUAAUGCAAGACAUAAGCAAACAUUGGAGUUAUAGAGUUAUUGUAACAUUACAAGAUUAUAACCAUUUAUUAAGUAGUGAUGAAAUUAUAAAUAACUUAGAGAGAUAUGAAAGUGGAGUUGAUAUCUUUCAAAAGUGUGUUAUCAAAAUUGGAAUAAAUUCGAAUGUUAUUGACACAACAAAUCAAAAAUUUACCUCGCAAUUCUAUUUAUUCUUAAAAAAAGAAACUUUAAAAUUCAUUCGAGGAGAAGGAAAUAUUACAUUCUCAAAAAAUGUUCUAAACGAAAUUGGUGGGGAAAAUUCAAAAUGUAAGGAAAAAUCAUUAAAUGAAUGCUUUAAAAAUUUCUUUAGUAAAGUAUUUAACACGGACGAAGUUCUUUCGGAGAACACAGAUUUUUUAAAUAAAAUAAGAAAAAUCUGCUGUCUUAAAGGCUCAAAAUUGAACUGAACAAGAAUUUGAAGAUGUAAAAUAAUAAAUCAUAAGAUUUAUUUAAUAUCGAUUAUGUAUUAAAUUAUCAUAUUUGUAAUAAUAUUGAUCAGUGUAAAGAUUGUUAAAUUCAUUGUUAUGUAUUUUGUAUAUUUUAUUUAAUGGUUAUAAUCAUACAAUUAAAAAGCGAUUUAAAAUGGAAAAAUCUUUAAAAAAA